GUCAGUGAGACAGAACAAACACACACAAUGGUUGUUGGUAUGGCUGCCGUUGGUCAAUGUACUCCUCUCUGUGUCGCCUCGCCGUCGCCGAGAGCAAAGUCGGCAACUUGCAAUUCAAACCUUUCUCCAACCACAACCACCGUUAGCUCGCGCACAGAGCUGGCCGCAUUUCGUCCUCAGUUCCGUUUAUUCUCUCGCGUUUCUCCUUCCCGCCGCCGUCUCUACGCUUCGAGCCCCGCCGAUUCGGGAAUCUUCCUCCCUCACCUCGUCGCUUCUAUGGAGCAAGUUGAGGAGACUUACAUCAUGGUCAAACCAGACGGCAUCCAACGAGGCCUUGUUGGAGAAAUCAUCUCUCGUUUUGAGAAGAAGGGUUUUAAACUGAUUGGACUUAAGAUGUUCCAAUGUCCAAAAGAUUUGGCUGAGGAACAUUAUAAGGAUCUUAGUGCUAAGUCAUUCUUUCCCAGCCUGAUUGAGUACAUCACUUCUGGCCCUGUUGUGUGUAUGGCUUGGGAAGGUGUUGGUGUGGUUGCUUCUGCCAGGAAGCUGAUUGGGAAAACAGACCCUCUUCAAGCUGAACCCGGUACCAUUAGAGGAGAUCUUGCUGUACAAACCGGAAGGAACAUUGUGCAUGGUAGUGAUAGUCCUGAAAACGGAAAGCGUGAGAUUGCUUUGUGGUUCAAAGAAGGCGAGCUAUGCGAGUGGGAUUCAGCUCUAGCUACAUGGCUGAGGGAGUGAUCCUCGAGAAGACAGAUCCAAUACUUUUUUUUUCUUGCUACUGAGUGCGAACGGCUUGGUCCUUUGUUUUUUUUUUUUUUUUUUAAUUUUGGCGGCAUUGUAUGUGCAAUUUAUGGGCGUAUACUUGAACUUCUUUAUCAUUCUCGUAUUUGUGAUAUCACUUGUCAUGUAAUGAGAUGAGUUAAUAGAUUCACCCACAUUUGGUUCAAAUCAUAUUUUCUCUACACCGAGCAAUGCAAUGUUGUUGAUUUCU